AUGUCUUCUAUAAUUUCUAUGAUGCAAUUGAAGGCUAUACAUCUUUGGAACCAUCCAGCAGGCUUAAAAACAGUUCAUUUUUGGGCGCCUACAAUGAAGUGGGGAUUAGUUUUGGCGGGGAUUGGAGAUAUGAAGCGCUCGCCAGAUAGACUUUCUGUGUCACAGAAUACAGCACUGACGUUAACUGGGCUUAUAUGGGCACGCUGGAGCAUGAUUGUUAAGCCAAAAAAUUAUUUGUUAGCAGCAGUAAAUCUUUUCCUUAUGACUACGGGCGGUAUUCAAUUAUCACGGAUUUAUUUAUAUCAACGCACUCUUAAGCAAGCAGGUACAGGAUAA